UAGUCCUACCUCUAAAUCUAAUAAACAAAUUACAGUAUUUAAUUAAAACACGGGACUAUUUGCUAUAUAAGUCGGGUUGGAUUUGUAGGAGGAAGUAAGAAAACACAACACGAAUUUCAUUGCAGAGUGUUAUUUUGAGUAUCAGCAUCAAUGGCUCCAAUUGCAGUGGGAAACGUGAUUCCAGACGGCAUUUUGGCUUACUUGGAUGAAGAAAACAAACCCCAAACUGUCUCCAUUCACUCUCUCGCCACCGGCAAGAAAGUCAUCAUCUUUGGGGUUCCCGGUGCCUUCACUCCUACUUGCAGCUUGAAGCACGUUCCUGGCUUCAUUGAGAGAGCAGAAGAGCUGAAAGGAAAGGGUGUGGACGAAAUAAUCUGUAUCAGUGUGAAUGACCCAUUUGUGAUGAACUCAUGGGCCAAAACAUUCCCAGAGAACAAGCAUGUUAAGUUCCUUGCUGAUGGUGCAGCCAAAUACACCAAUGCCCUUGGUCUUGAGCUUGACCUCACUGACAAGGGUCUCGGCGUCCGCUCAAAGAGGUUUGCUCUGCUGGUAGAAGACCUCAAGGUGAAGGUUGCGAAUGUUGAAAGUGGAGGAGAGUUCACCAUCUCCAGUGCUGAAGAGAUCAUCAAGGCCCUUUAAAACCCUUGAAUCCUCUUGUUGGCUGUUUAACUGUCUUUAAUGUGUGGUGUGAGACUCUUUUGAUGCAAGAAUAUACUAGAAACAUUUUCCUUUUCAUAGAUGUAAUUGUGUUGUGUGCUCUGGGAAGGGCCAUGAUAUGGUGCAUAUUAUGGAAAUAAAUAAGAUUUCUUGUUUCAAAUGCUGUCAA